AUGGAUAUUUUCAAGGAAGAGGACAUAGUCCUCGACCUGCGCGCUCCCAUAAAGAUAUACGGGGACAUCCACGGCCAGUACUACGACUUAAUGCGUUUAUUUCAUCUUUAUAAAAUGCCUGUGGCCGAAGAAGAAGCAGAAGAGUACCACAGCAGCAGCAGGGGCCCCCUGGGGGCCCCCGGGGCCCCGGGGGCCCCCCCCCGCCCCUGCGGGGACAUUGACUCUACGGAUUAUCUUUUCUUGGGGGAUUAUGUGGACCGGGGGAGUCACUCUUUGGAGAUCAUUUGCCUCCUUUUCGCCCUCAAAGUGAAGUACCCGCAGCAGGUGCACCUGCUGCGGGGCAACCACGAAGACCCCGCAAUAAACGCCCUUUACGGCUUUCAGGCGGAGUGCCGGCGGCGCCUCCGCGAAGACCCGCUGGCCGCCAACUCUUGCUGGCAGUCCUUCAACGCGGCCUUCGAGUGGCUGCCGCUGGCCGCGCUCGUCGACGGCCGCAUUUUCUGCGUCCACGGCGGCCUCGGCGCCGCCGUCCACUCUUUGGCGCAGCUGCGCCAACUCACGCGGCCCCUCAAGGUGCCCCAGGUGCCCCAGACUCCCCAG